GCAGACUUAACGCGGAGUUGAGACGUGGUGAAGCCCAUUCAAACAACAUGAGAAACUACGCGGAUAAGUUUAAGAUGAUUUUGCUGCUGGGCCUGGCGUAUUCAGCAGCAUGCAUAGCCGAGGAGGCAGCUGACGAGAAAAAAUCGGCAUCGGCUUUACCGAGCGAGGAUAAGUCAAAGCCAAAACGAGGUUUGGAUUUGGGUUACGGGGGAUUCGGGGGCCAUGACUUCGGGGGCCACGAUUUCGGAGGGCACGAUUUCGGUGGCGGCGUCGGCGGCUUCGGGGGCGGCGGCGACACCGUCGGCAUCCACGAGGGUCACAUCUCGGCGAUAACGAUAACCAAGGAGAAGAAGGUCCACGUCCCGGUUCCCUAUCCCGUCAAGGUUCACGUAGAUCGGCCGUAUCCGGUUCACGUCCCGGCGCCUUACCCAGUCACCGUCGAAAAGCACGUCCCCUAUCCCGUCGAGAAACACGUUCCGUAUCCAGUCAAGGUGCCGGUUAAGGUUCCCUAUCCCGUAAAAGUACCCUACAAGGUCCCCUACCCCGUUCACAAGCCAGUUCCGUAUCCCGUGAAAGUGCCCGUCGUCGUCAAGGAGCCUUACCCGGUAUUCGUUAAGGAGCAUCAUCACCACGAGGGUGGUGAAUUCGGCGGUGGAUACGGUGGGGGAUUCGGGGGAUCCCACGGGUUCGAGUCCUUCGGUCAUCACUAGAUAAUUUCCCUAGAUCGUUUCUUUUACCCCAGAUUUUAUCGGGCACUUAUAUCGAUGCAUGUUUGCGAUUAUUUUUUGAUUUUUUUUUGAUUUUUUAAGCAAAGAGAGAAAGGUAAACGAGAACUGUGUGAAUUUGUGAUUGAAAUGUGUAAAACAAGAUGGCGCUGAGGACUUGGUUGUUGCCGGAUUAGUUUAUGGUUAAUUAUGUCGAUUCGAGAGUACUGACAAUUCGGUGCAAGCUGUAAAGCUUUAGUUUUUUCACGUUCAACGGAUGGACUACAAAAAAUACGACGAACAAGGUUGUUCAAAAUUAAAUAUGGCAUGGUUCGACAUGGCGCUGCGGCGGCAUAUUUUCAUUACCGACAGAGUCGACUCUCGUUAUGACAAAUUCAAUCGUAACAUAUCGUCCAUUCAAUCGUAAUCACGUAUUAAAGAAAACAGUGACGAAUUCAUGCGAAUAAUUUACAAAGGGCUUGACAGAUACUUUCGAAAAAUACUUGAUCACGAUAAUCCUGAGUCAAAAUCCACCCGCUUUCCACACCGAUUUGGAAGAGCGGAAAGUCUCCCUGUAAGGAUAAACGGUGUCGCAGCACGAGACGAAUUCGUGAUCACAUUUCCAGUCACGUUUCUGUUGGAAAUCAUAUUGGCACUCUCAAUGAUGCGUUGAAAAAUUUCGCAGCGUUGAAGAUAUAUAUUCUCACUACAGAAGAGAAGUUUGAGAUUAUUCGCAGUACGGUUCACCGCAUCUUUCUCUCACUGUUUGAUAAAUGAAUUUUGAUACGAAUGUUCAGGAGAAGGGAAAUUAUGUAAGGUAACUCUGAUUUGCGGACCUCAAAAGUUAUUACGUCAAUUUUUAAUUUUAUACUGAUUUUUUUUUUCACUACGUUCGAAUUAAAUUUUGCUCAAUUUUAUCAUAUAUAAGAUCGCUGUGAAAUGCGUAUAAAGUAUAAGAUAUCUCUGAAAAAUUCUGUACGAUAUCCUGAUAUUUAUUAUUUUCCAUUUUCACCGAUGUAAAUUUAUUUCGCUUAUCGCUUGAAAAUUUUCGAAAAAAUAUGUUUGAUUUGUUAAAAUCGUAUGUUCGGAUAAAUUUACGUAAAUUGAUAAUUCUGUAUAUAAGAGUUCAAAAUCUAGACUAUAAAUUUCAGGGAUCUCGGUGGUAAAGAAAAAUUAUAAAUAUACAAAUAUAGAUAAAUAAAUCAAUAGAUCGUCUUGUAUUUUAAGUGUAAGAACAAUACCUAGUCUAAGAAUAAGAUUGUAUACAUCUGUAAUA